AUGGCUACUAAAACUGAUAAUCAGAAAAAUGAAGGGCAGGAGGGUGAGGUUAAUGAACUUGAAUGUAAAUUCAAAAAGAAAGUAAGUUUAGAAGAUAAAGAAGAAGUUCCUUCUGAUCCUAUUAAUAAUAACAAAGAUGCUAGUCCAAAUAAUGAUAACAAGCAUACAAGAAUAAGAAAAACUCAGAAAGAAGAUAAUAAAGAUCCUACUGAUAUUCCUAAAAAUGGAAAAUAUUAUAUGCAUGAUGAUAGAAUUGAAACUAUCAAAGAACCUAGUAAGAAGAAAGGUUUAAAAAAUGAAAAAGAAUGGAAACAUGAUAAAUUUGAGGGAGAAAAACAUAUUUCAAGAUGUAAGAAUGACAUAAACAAAACAGAUAUUGUUGAUACAUGUGAAAGAGAAGAAUCAGUAGAAAAAAGUGUAAAAGGAAGAGGAAAAACACGAUAUGGUAAGAAGGAAAGUCUAGAAAUGGAUGAAGUUGUAGCUAUGCAGAUAGAAAGAAAACAAUCAAAAAAUCAUGAAAGAAAAGUAAGACGUAAAAAGAAAACAGAGUUAAAAAAUGAAAAAGAAGAUACAAAAACUGAGGUAGAAGACCAAACUAAUAAAAAAGAUAAAAUAAAGACAAAUAUAGUUGAAGAUAGUACAAAAAAAAAUGGUAACAAAAUAAAAUUAUUAAAAAAUUUUAAACAAAUGAAAGGUAGAGAUGGUGUGACAAGACAAAAAAAUAAUUACAAAACAAACGGUAAGUUACAAGCUUAUCAGGAGAGAGGUGAUAACAAUUUACCUAAAAAAGAAAUAACAAUGAAUAAAAAAAAAACAAAAAAUGAAGAAAAUUUAAAUUAUGUAAAAAAGUAUGAAGUUGGUGGACAUGUUAUAACACAGCCAAUUAAAAGCUUCCAAAAAAUUUCUUCUGACCAACCAGUUCGUAGAAAUUAUACAAACAAUCGUAACGUAAAUAUUUCAAAAUCUUUAAGAGGUGCUUCUACAAUACGUCGUGGUAAUAGAGGGACAAAGGGUGGUCUUCAUUCUAGAAAGCAAAUAACUUCCACAUCUGGAGUGCAACAACAAAAUGUUGCUGUAUAUGUACCACCAGAAGCAAUUCCAUAUCCUCAUGUUAUUCAAUAUGCUAAUGUUAUCCCAGCAACACCAAUUUUACCUCCAACAGGGGCUGUGUAUUUUAAUCUUCCAUCUGCUCAACAACUUCCAAAACCUGAAAAGAGGGAACGAAAGAUUCUACCUAUUGCUGAACCAUCAAAUGAAGCAAAUGGGGAAAAUAAAUCAUAA